GAGUCAUGUCACCUUGGUAACAGACGCUGGCCACGGGAUUCCAGGAACUAAACAAAGUAACAGUUCAUCGUCUCUCCCUUUAGCUAGCGAUAGCAAUAUAACCGCUACGUUAUAUGCUUAUAGGUGAUAUCUACUUUGUGUUGGUAGAAAUACACUUGCUAUCAAAAUGUGUGAUUCGGAGACGUGUGCUGGGGAACCAGAGAAGAGACAGGCAGAGCAACUGACGUUAGAGGCAGAGUUUAAUAAAUAUUUUACGGUGUUUGACGGCUCAUCUCCGGAAGACGUGUCUCACGCCAAGCAGCUGUGGACUUCUUUGUCGCUUCUUCCCCUACUGGAGUCCCGUCUGAUUUCUGCAGACAUCAGCCAGCGGUUGCCAGUGGCCAAGACAAACCAUGAAUCCACUACUGCUGUCAGACCAUCCUCUUCUGACCUCAGACAGAGGCUCCAGGAGGGUUCUCACUGGAAGCUGAGACAGGAGGAAAAGCAGAGGCAAAACAGAGACUGGAGAUCAUCUCUCUGCUGCAUCAACAGAGACAGAACAGGAUACAGAAGGAGACAGUCUCACUACCUUACAAGCCCAGACACAGGGACAAGAGUCAGAGGCUGGUUGUUUGCCCCCCCAAGGAUCUGGAAACAGAUGUGGAGGAAGUCCAAAAGCUUCAGUAACACACACACUCAAACAUGCACAUUUACACACACACUCAAACAUGCACAUUUACACACACAUAAAUAAAAUCCAAAACACAACCAAUCAUAAACAUGACCCAAAAUAUUAUCAAAUAUAAACACCCCAAAACACAACCAAACAUGAACAUAAACCAAAACACAACCAACCAUACACAAUAUCCAGAACAAUACCAAAAAUAAACCAAAAACACAACCAACCAUACACAAUAUCCAGAACACUACCAAAAAUAAACAAAAAAACAACCAACCAUACACAAUAUCCAGAACACUACCAAAAAUAAACCAAAACACAACCAACCAUACACAAUAUCCAGAACACUACCAAAAAUAAGCCAAAAACACAACCAACCAUACACAAUAUCCAGAACAAUACCAAAAAUAAACCAAAAACACAACCAACCAUACACAAUAUCCAGAACACUACCAAAAAUAAACCAAAAAACAACCGACCAUACACAAUAUCCAGAACACUACCAAAAAUAAACCAAAACACAACCGACCAUACACAAUAUCCAGAACACUACCAAAAAUAAACCAAAACACAACCAACCAUACACAAUAUCCAGAACACUACCAAAAUGCCUUCUGUUUCUGGGUAUUCAUGCUCUUGAUUGACAUUUUAGAAAACCAUAAAUAUACGCCAUGCUGUGAUAAAAUGUUUAUUUUGUAUAAUAGUAUAUAUUAACAAAUGGCGCAGACAUAAUAUAGUUACCAAUUUUAGGGUAUAUUGAUAAUGGGAGUUAGCUUUUAUUGAG